AUGCGAGGGAUGCUAGGAGUUGUGCUGGAGUUGUGCUGCGUUGUGCUGGCGUUGUGCUCUUUAAGAAAGAGAUGUGCAGGCGGCCAAGGGGCGGAGUGGCGAGCAUCCGGCUCCCGAAGAGAAUCUUGGGGACGGAAGGCCCACUGCGAACGCAUCCGAAAGUAUUAUUCGUCAUCUCCAGGCCGACUCGACUUGCUGCCUUCGGGUCUCACGCCUGCUAGUCGAUCGACCGCGGCUCGGCGGAGAAGCAUGUGCGAGCCACGAGCUUGGCGUGGCGAGGCCCCUGCUCGGCUCGCGCUCACUUUCGUCGCAGUCAGCAGCAGGGAGGGAGCAGGUGCUGAGUCAUAUUGA